UGUGUAAAGGAGGAAACUAAAACUCAGCCUCCAAGCUCCAGACAUGGUCUACAAAGACAUUUUCAAGCCAAGGCCAUCAACGCCCUUCCAUUCCCUCCCUAUAUUUAAUGCCUUCAAGCCACCUUCCAUAGUUUCCUGCCACAAAACCAAUCACAUUUUCAGUGAAUCUUUUACAUCAAUGAAAACAAAAUAUGAAACUACACAUCGUCCAUGAUGAGCACUGAACAAGCUGUUGCAUCCCACAAUCAUUUUGUUUUUCAAUAAUUACUUCCAGCAGACAAAAUCUUUCCUAGAUUCUAUCUUGUUCCUUGGAGAUGUUAAACAAUGGAAGCUGCAAGAAGAGCUCUGUGCGUAAGCGAUCCGUUUAACCCACUCAUUACAACCUUCGCGCAGUCUGCUGGCAUUCUUGUCAUCUCUCAUUGCUUCCACCUUUUCUUGAAACAAUUCGGACAGCCCGGACCUGUUGCACAAAUCUUGGCUGGAAUUGUUCUAGGUCCCUCAUUGUUGUCCCGCAUCCCCAAAGUUAAUCGAUUCUUUAUUCAGUCGAGUACCGCGGAUUAUUAUGAAGUAAUUGAAGCCAUUUUCCGCACAGUUUUCAUGUUCUUGAUAGGCCUAGAGAUGGAUAUUCCUUACAUGAGGCGAAGCUUGCGAAAAGCGAGCAUUAUUGCAUCUGGUGGGGUGAUUGUAGGUGUCUUGUUUGGUAUUGCUGUAUCCAUUUCCCUCAUCAUUUUGUUAAAAAUAAAAUCCCAACUUUUUGAUUUUGCCACUAUCAUCAUAAUAGCAUUAACGAACUCGGCAUCUCCUGUAGUUUUUCGACUGGCAGCUGAACUGAAGUUUCUGACUUCAGAUACGGGAAGAUUGGCAGUCUGCGCUUCUUUGAUAACUGAAAUGUUUUGCGUGUUAUGGAGGUCUGUUAGCCUCGCAGUGGAUCCAUGGAAAAAUUUAGGAACAGGGAUUCUUUUCCUUCUUAUGACCGUGACACUUAUAGGUAUAAACAAGUAUUUGGCUUCGUGGUGUAACCAGAGGAUUCGGAACCAAAAAUAUGUGACGAACACAGAGUUUUUAGUCUUCUUGUUCCUUUUAAUAGCGGCCGCACUUUUUAUUGAAGAAUAUGGUUACAACAGUGCAAUCUCUUGCUUUUUGUUAGGCUUGAUGUUCCCUAGGGAAGGCAAAACUACUCGGACAUUGUUGCAUAAACUCAGUUACGCUACAUACAACUUCAUACUUCCAGUGUACUUUGGCUACAUAGGUUUUCAGCUUAAUGUUUCUAUUUUGGGUGGAUUAAAACCUUUGAUCACGGUUAUUGUGAUGAUUGUAAUGUCCAUCGCAACUAAAAUUAUUGGCACGCUAGUUGCUUGCCAUUACCUCAAGAUCUCAACAGACGAGGGUAUUGUACUUGGCUUUUUACUCGAUUUGAAGGGAAAUGCCGAACUUCAGAUCUUGGGAAAGCUGCCAAAGGAAACUAUGAAACAGUGGGAGGAAGCAGAUGUUCACGGUAUGGUGCUAACUGUUGUGGUGAUUAACACUGUGAUAGCAGGAGUGGUAGUGGCUCAUAUAUUAAGGAAAAAAGAAGAGUAUUUUUCUCACAGCCAUAUCUCACUUGAAUUAGGUGAACAUGAGAGUGAACUUCGAAUGCUGGCUUGUGUCUACGGAUCUCGGAAUAUAUCAUCGAAAAUUGGAUUAAUCUCUGCUUUUAGUGAAUCUCUCAAAACACCAGUCACCACUUACCUGAUGCACCUAGUUGAGCUACCAAAGAAACGUACCAAGAAGAAUUUGAUGUACCACCAGCUACAAGAUGGUGAUCAAUACAGUGACGAAGAGGACUAUGGCGGAAAUGAUGUUGUGGAGAUCAAUGAUGCUGUGGAUGCAUAUACCAUGGAGACCAAAGUUUUGAUCCACCAAAGGAAAGUUGUGUCUUACUUUGAGAGAAUGUACGAGGAUGUGUGUGAUUCCAUUGAGGACUUGCGUGUUUCGAUCAUAUUUCUGACUUUUCACAAGCACCAGCGCCUUGAUGGGAAAAUGGAGAGCGGAAAGGAUGGAAUGAGAACCACUAACCAUAAGGUUAUGCGUCAUGCCCCAUGCUCGGUAGGGAUCUUCGUGGAUCGAGGGCAGACAGGAUUUCAACAACCUAGUUCACAAUCUGUGCAAAAUAUAGCAACAUUAUUUUUCGGAGGCCCUGAUGAUCGCGAGGCAUUGGCGUGUAGCAAAAUGAUUUCAAACCAUCCUCACAUUCAUUUGACACUCAUACACUUCCAGAAUUUACCAUCAAGCAAACAGACAGAGUACACCAAUGAAAUACUCCACAGGAAUGAUGAGUUGCUGAUGGAAAUGUCAAAUCACGAGAUUGAGGCUGACAUUGACAGGGCAUAUACGCAGGAUUUCUAUAACAGAUAUGUGACGUCGGGUCAAGUUGGAUAUGUAGAGAAGUAUGUUGAGAAUGGGACUCAAACCGCAGAGGCUCUAAGAGACAUACAUGAUACCUUUUCAUUGCUCAUUGUAGGAAAGGGUGGUAGAGGGAACUCACCUAUGACAACUGGUAUGAGUGACUGGGAGGAGUGUCCAGAGCUGGGGACAGUCGGGGACCUUCUGGCUUCUUCAGAACUUAACACCAACAGUUCGGUUUUGGUCAUUCAACAAUAUCGACAUUCGAGAAAUGACCUUAAUUAGGGAUUAUCAGACUUCUGAUGUGCACAUAUAUUAAUGUACAUAUAUAUGUGAAAUUGUUAGAUAGUUAUUGUCUAUGGUUUUCAUUCGAACAGGAUUUCUUACAAUGUAAUUUGACUGAGUUUUAGACACAUUGUUUAGCUUAUUGCUUAAGGAGAGGUAAUGAUCUUCCUGGCGUUGGAACAGGUAAAGGACCUGUUCCAAGACAGGUAAUGCUUGAAAUUUCUGGUUGCUCUAGCUUACGGUCACUUCCCGAGGAGUUUGUAACCUAGUCCCUUUACAUGAACUGGAAAUUAUCAAUUGUCCUAGCUUCUUGGAAAAAUGCAAAGGAAUAAGGAACUUCAGAGCAAGAGGUUAGGAUUUCUCCAAUGAUUAUGGCAUGUGAUGGAAAACCUGUGGAACCGUCAUCAUCUACCGACAGAAGGUUUCAAAGUCGUGUUUAUACAGGUGAGCUUCAACAUUACACUCGUUCAAUUUCUACAAGUCAUAAGAUCCUAAAACCUCACAAUGUUGACUGACUGAUUUUGAUAAUCUUUGCAUCAAGUUCUGCUUUCACCAUAACAUUUUCCCAUUCCCAAAUGGCAAAAGUCAGUUCUAUCGAAAAAAUAAAAUAAAAGGUAAAAUCAAGCUCUUUAAACAUCCAAGUUUGAAGGGGUGGUAGACGAGGGCUAUGAUCGGUGUUCUAUGAUGCUGUUGGAGCAACUUUAUGGCAGUCAAAAGUUAUCUGGAUCCUUAGAAGAUCUUAGACUUCGGAGUCUCAUGCUCUCAGAAAUGGGAGAAGGGGAGAAACAUUGUCAACAGUGACACUGACAGUCAAGUUUUUCCAGCUCAUCAAAAAGAAGCCCAAUAGCAGUCAAAAUUGUCGCCAGAUUUCAGAUUUCCCGGAGUUGUUAGAGGAGCUGUAAGUGGAAAUGGCAGUGGAGAAGAGGAACCUCAUUCGGUUUCCGCAGGUGCUAAUAGCAGGGGAACUUAUUGUUAGGAACAUUAAAAAAACAAAGGACAUCAGAAGUUAGUGUCUGAUUGCUCGGAAUGUCGCAGUAAUCAUCCAAUCGCUUGAGAUGGAAGUCUGUUACUCAAAUACAGAUCAAAUGGACUAGGUUAACUUGCUUUAGUUUCUCUGAAACAUCUUGUUAUCAGCAAACUGGCAAUCUGGAAAGAGGAGCAUAGAGCUAUGUCUUUCAGCUUUAUAUGAUUAUACUUUCCAUUGUAACU